UCCGAUUCUGUUAUUACAAUUAAUUUACGGCCAAAGAAAUCCGAAGAAAACAAGUUCCUUCCAAAACCUCCAACUCCAAGGAGCAACUCAGAAUGUCUUUAGCUCCACCGGCACCCACCUUGAGCUCCUCUUCCCAGCCACUUCCCAAAUUUUGCUCUUCCUUCACUCCCAAACUCUUUCCCUCCAACGCUCACUUUCAUCUCACUUUCUCCUCCUCCUCCUCCUCCACUCCUCACCCUCGUUCCCUUAGAUCCUCAGCUUUCAUUGUCAGGGCGUCCGAUAUAGAAUCCAAAAGCGAUACUGGACUCGGAGAUGCCGAUGCCGAUGCCGAUCAACCUUAUGAAGAGUACCAAGUGGAACUGGAGCAGCCUUAUGGGUUGAAGUUUGCCAAGGGCCGAGACGGCGGAACUUAUAUCGACGCCAUUGCACCCGGUGGCUCUGCUGACAAAACUGGAUUGUUCACCGUCGGGGAUAAAGUUAUUGCUACCAGUGCAGUGUUUGGGACAGAAAUAUGGCCUGCUGCAGAAUACGGAAGGACAAUGUAUACAAUUCGGCAAAGAAUUGGUCCAUUACUCAUGAAAAUGCAGAAGAGAUAUGGAAAAACAGAUAGUUUUGGUGAGUUAACGGAAAAGGAGAUAAUCAGAGCGGAAAGAAACUCGGGCGUAGUCAGUAAUAAAGUGAGAGAAAUCCAAUUGCAAAAUGCCUCGAGGAUGAAGGAGCAGAAAGCACGCAGAGAAAAUGACCUACGCGAAGGACUACAGCUCUACAAGAAUGCUAAAUAUGAGGAAGCAUUAGAGAAAUUCGAGUCAGUGUUGGGAUCAAAACCAGCUCCAGACGAAGCUUCAGUUGCCAGUUACAAUGUUGCAUGCUGUUAUUCCCAACUAAAUCAGUUGAAAGCUGGGCUAUCCGCCCUUGAAGAUGCCUUGGAAGCAGGAUUCGAAGAUUUCAAGAGAGUUCGGACGGAUCCUGACCUAUCAACCUUGAGGACAUCGGAGGAAUUUGAGCCUCUUGUGAAAAGGUUUGACGAGUCGUUUAUCAAUGAGAAUGCCAUCAAUGCCAUUAAAUCGCUAUUCGGCUUCAAUAAAUAAUAAACAAACUCGUCUAUAGCAACCUUUUAUAAAACAAUCCAAAUUCGUGUGUCAAGUAUUCAAAAAGCUUCUUUGUAUCGUUCCAAUUUUAUUAGAUGUCCCUGAAGAGACAAGUAUUCAAAAAGCUUCUGGCUUUGGCUUUUAGAUGGGUAACAUAAGAAUUUCAAUGUAAUUCGUUCUCAAAAUCUUUAUUUGUGCGUUCUGUUAACGAUAUGCACAAUGAAAAACUGUUGCAAGAAAGCUGUUUGUGUCUAA